UUUUCUGCCAAAUCUCAUUUCAGCAUGGAAGAUUUAUACACAAAAGCUGCAACAAGAGGAGUAAAUGGACAUACCAAAACAGAUGAACCCCCUCCUGCGGCUCCCAGUGUUGACUCAUGCUGCAGAUCCUGGCUCAGACAGAUGACACUCUUGGUACCUGCAGACUACAAGAAUGAAACUGUUCGAUUUUUAAAACUCGCUGGACCAGUGUUCAUUUCACAGUUGAUGAGCUUCCUGAUCGGCUUUGUCAGCAUGGUGUUCUGCGGUCACCUGGGGAAAACUGAGCUGGCAGGAGUGGCGUUAGCAAUAGCGGUAAUAAACAUCACAGGUAUUUCCAUUGGCUGUGGUUUGGCGUCAGCAUGUGACACUCUCAUAUCUCAGACUUAUGGGAGUGGCAACUUGAAACGUGUAGGAGUGAUACUGCAAAGGGGAAUUCUGAUCCUCCUUUUAGCCUGUUUCCCCUGCUGGGCUGUCCUUAUUAACACUCAGCCCAUUCUGCUGGCUAUCAGACAGAGUGCAGACGUGGCCAGACUAUCCCAGCUGUAUGUGAAGAUAUUUAUGCCUGCCCUACCAGCUGCGUUCAUGUACCAGCUGCAGGGGAGGUAUCUGCAGAAUCAGGGCAUCAUAUGGCCUCAGGUGAUUGCUGGAGCAGUGGGGAAUGUUUUAAAUGCAAUCAACAACUACGCCUUCCUCACUGUCCUGGAUAUGGGGGUAGUUGGAUCUGCCGCUGCCAAUGCCAUCUCUCAGUACACCUUGGCUGUCUUCUUGUUUGUCUACAUCGUCUCCAGAGGGCUGCACAAAGCCACAUGGGGGGGUUGGUCAAGAGACUGCCUUCAGGAGUGGGGUCCUUUCCUCCACCUGGCCCUCCCCAGCAUGUUGAUGUAUUGUCUGGAAUGGUGGCUGUAUGAGAUCGCUGGCUUUCUGGCAGGCCUCAUCAGUGAGGUGGAGUUAGGAGCUCAGUCCAUAGUUUAUGAAGUGGCUGCUAUUGUUUACAUGUUUCCAAUGGGCUUCUCUGUGGCUGCCAGUGUUCGUGUUGGAAAUGCUCUCGGUGCUGGAAACACCGAGCUGGCCAAGCUGUCCAGCAAGGUCUCCUUCAUCUGCUCAUUUACUUUCUCAUGUUUCAUUGGAGUUUGUCUUGGUGUCUCUAAGGAUGUGAUCGGUUACAUUUUCACCACAGAGAAAGACAUUAUCCAGAGAGUGGCUGAGGUCAUGAAGAUGUACAGUUUCAUCCAUGUUGCAGAGGCACUUGCGGCUGCAACAGGAGGCAUUGUCAGGGGGGCAGGGAAACAAAUGGUUGGUGCCGUGUGCAACUUUGUGUGCUUUUACUUUGUUGGGUUCCCUAUUGGAGCGUCUCUUAUGUUCCCAGUCAAAAUGGGCAUUUUAGGGCUGUGGUCGGGAUUUUUGAUCUGUGUUGGGGUACAAGCCAUAUUUUUUACCAUUUUUCUGUGGAAGCUAAACUGGAAGAAAGCCACUGAAGAGGCACUGAUAAGAGCAGGGGUCAAAAAUACAAAGAGAAACUCAGUCUUUGGAAUUGAAGUCAAAGCCCCAGACCCUGAUGGGAAACAGGCCCAGGUUGCCAACUGUCAAUCUGGUUCCAUGAGUGUAGAUGAGGGGCCGCUGGAAGCACUCGGUAUGGGUCAUCAGGCUCCAGAUGACACAGCACUGUCAGUCAGGCAGCUGGUGGUGCGACGUGGGCUCGCUGUGCUGCUCAUGCUCAUCAUCCUCGCUGCUGGAGUCUUCAUCAGCGAGCUGCUCAUCAGGCUGCUUGAAUGA